AUGGCCCCAGGCCUGCACCCUAUCUCUCCGGGUGUGCGCCUUAUUGCCUCUGCUCCGCUCCCUGCUCUGCCUGUGAGAUGGGGUGUGGCAGCAGCAGCAGCACCUGUAGGCCGCAGCAGCAAAGCCGUGCUGCAGCAACGGCCAAGGAGGCAGCAGCGGGGGAAGCCGUUGAUAAAGGAACAGCAAGUGGAUGGGACGCAGCAGCUGCAGCAGUUGCCACAGCAGCAGCAGCAGCAGAAGCAACAGCAGCAGCAGCCGCCACAGCAGCAGCAUCAGCAGCAGCAGGAGCAGCCGGGGCUUGGGUUUGGUGACAAGUGCAGUGGUGCCAGUGGUAGCGGGAAGGGCAGCAGCAGCAGCAGCAGCAGCGCUGGGAUAGCAGGUGCAGGUGGUGAAGGGGUGGGCUUGGGGAGCGCGAGAGGGUGUGUGGCGACACACGCAGCGGCAACUCUUGCGGCGCAUGCAACAAGUGGAGCUAACUUGAAACAAGCAGGUGGGGCACCUGUCUCUGUAAAUUGGAAGCUUGCAGGGGAGGGUGUUUCUGAGUUGGAUCAGCAGCUGGAUGUGGGGCUUUUUGGGUUGCAGGCAUGGCAGGGCGGGGCCGAAGUUGGGUUGUGUGAGCGAGGCGCGGACUGUGAGAAAAAGGAGCACUGUGAACCGACCAGGUGCGCAGUGACCGUCGGUGAGGCAGGUGGUACCUGCGAAACGGCGGCAAGACGUGAGGAGGAGGAACUGGGGAGUGGCUGCGGAAAGGCUGGGGAGGGCUGCUCUGGUGGAGUUCUCAGCCAGGAAAGCUGCGGGAGAGGAGGAAGCGAGCCUAUCACUGCAGCAGCAGCCGGGGAUGACAGCAAGGGUAAGGCGGCAAUCAAGGACGGAGGAGUGUGUGUGCAGCACCGAGAGGGCAUGGGAGAAGGGGAGGAUGUUGUUUGUGCGAGUGAACAGAAGGGAGUGUGGAACGGUAGGAGGGAGAAGCAAAGGGAGGUGGCUGUGCAAGGGGUGGAUGGUGUGGUGUGUCCUCAGUCCGAAAUGGCGGAUGGUGUGGUAGAUAGUGAGGAUGGUGUGGAUGGUGUGGAUGGUGUGAAUGGUGUGAAUGGUGAGGAGGAUGGGGUGGUGGGGAUGGAUGGAUUGGGGGAGUUAGAUGACUGCAUGGAGAGUGUGGUGGAGCUCUGGGGCGAGCUCAACGAUGCUGACAUUGCCAGCAUCUGCUUGUGA